AUGUUUCAAGACCAUUACUUUCUGGCCAUGAUUGGCUUGGCAGCCCUCUUCAUCGCUGCAGUUGUGGCCUACCGUCUCACGCUUCAUCCGCUUGCACGAGUCCCGGGCCCUAUUCUUGCUGCCGCCACAGGUGCUUACGAGGCCUACUUUCAGCUAGUCAAAGAUGGAGGGGGCCGGUACUGGAUCGAAGUAGAUCGGCUGCACGACGUAUACGGGCCCAUUGUGCGGAUCAAUCCAUGGGAGGUUCACAUCAAGGACUCCAACUGGAAUGACGUCUACAAGUUAUCUUCAAAGGCGAACAAGCCCUGGUGGUACUACAGGAGUUUCGGCAGUGCCCAGAGCACUAACACGACAGAGCCAGACCAAUUCCACCGCGUUCAUCGUCAGGCUUUGCAGGCGUGGUUCUCGUCGCAAAACGUCACCAAAAACAUACCAAAGGUCCAAGACACAGUCGAGCAGCUCCAUGAUCGUCUCGCUUCUUCUUUUGGCCAGGUCAUCAACUUGAGCGAUGCGUAUCGGUCCCUCGCCCUUGACGUCACCACCGCCUUUGCCUUCCAAAGGCCAUUCGGUGGCCUGGCUGAUCCUAACUUUAGCAAAGAUUUCAACCAGGCUAUCAGAAGUUAUGGCCGCAUAGGCUUACUCAAUCGCCAUUUUCUUGGGAUCCCAUCCUGGAUUCUUCAGUCCGUCCCAGACGCCAUCUCCAACAAGAUCAGCCCCAAGGCUGUCCAGGUGUUCAUGGCGAAGGUCAAUGAAUGUGCUAGGUAUUCCUUCAACAGGCCUAUUCAGCCGGAUGACGGCCCACAAGACGUGGUGCAGAGCAUGCUCGCUGCGGACCUUCCAGAAAAGCAAAAGACCUUUACUCGCGUGUUUGGUGAUUGCCGAAGCCUCGUUCUUGCUGGAAACGAGACCACGUCCACCGUUUUGACGUCUGUUACUUACCAUGCUCUCACAAGCCCCGAGAUCCACGCCAGGCUCCGAAGCGAACUCAAAGACGCUCGCACCGCAAAGGGGUCGGCCUUGGAGUAUCAGGAGCUUCGAGCCUUGCCAUAUAUGACUGGUGUAAUUAAUGAGGCUAUGCGCACGAGCAACUCUGUUUCGGGCAGACUGCCGCGCUACUCCAAUGUGGCCGAUUUUCAGUACCAGCAAUAUCUUCUUCCUCGAGGGACUCAUAUCUCUGUGUGUAUGAACGAUAUGCAUAUGGAUCCCAAAAUCUUCUCCGAGCCAGAAAAGUUCAAUCCCGAUCGCUGGCUGAACCAGGCCGACUAUAAACGACUCAUGAAAUAUCUCCAGCCAUGGGGCCGCGGUUCGAGGCUCUGUGUGGGCAAAGAGCUAGCAUAUAUUGAUCUUGUUCUGACGGUAGCGCGCUUAUUUGGCCCGGAAUGCGGCUUCAGCCUGAAACUCUAUGAGACUAAGCAGAGCGAUUGGGAUGUCUUUGGUGAUUACUUUGCGCCGAUGCCCGGUCCUGGAAGCAGAGGGUUACGAGUGAUGAUUGAGCCUAUUGAGAAGACUUUUUAA